AUGUCAGAGUUUUACGGCUCGGAGCUAAAUGUACUGUAUGGACCUAAAGCAAUAACAAACCUAUGUGCUGGCUUCUCCAAGGACUCAACGAAAGAGGGGGACAUUAUUGAGACAAUUGAACAUUUUAAAGACUUGCAAAAAGAUGAUCCAGAUUUUUUCUAUAAGAUAAAAUAUGAUCUUGAAGGGAGGGCAGAAAACAUUUUUGGGGUGGAUGGCUUGGCACGGAAAGCUUUUACGGAGGCAUAUCAUGAUUGUGUCUCCUUUGACACAACCUACAUGACCAAUAUGUACAACAUGCCUUUUGCUCCGUUCAUUGGGGUCAACCGUCAUGGGCAAUCUUUCAUGUUGGGCUACGCGUUUGUGAGACAGGAACUGGAGACCAGCUUUGAUUGGGUUUUUGGAGCUUCCCUAGAGGCUAUGAAUGGAAGGGCGCCGGAUAACAUCAUUACUGAUCAGGAUGUGGCAAUGAAAGAGUCCAUAAAGAACAUAUUUCCCACAAGUGUGCACCGAUGUUGUCGCUGGCACAUCAUGAAAAAAGCUCAAGAGAAAGUUGGAUGGUUACUAGGCCGGAAUCCAGGAUUGACUGAAGAUUUCAACCUUUGUGUUGAUUUCAGUUUCACACCAGAUGAGUUUGAAAAAAACUGGGCUGCAUUGAUGAUGAAAUAUGAGUCUACACAACGAAGUGAGGGGUUCAAUGUAGUCUUGAAGCGGUAUGUAAACCCUCACAAUUCAAUUAUGAACUUUGUGAAGCAGUACAAGAAAAUACAGACGCACAUCCUCGUCAAGGAAGGUUGCAAUGACUACAGGACAGAACAUCUGGAUCUUGACAUGUGGUCACAAUUCCCAAUAGAGAAGCAAGCAUACAAGACAUACACUAGAGAUGUUUACUACAAGUUCCGUGAUGAGUUUUCGAUGAUUGGACGCUACAAUGCAUUCCAAAUUGGUGUGGAAACGUUUGAGCUGAGACCAAAUACAUAUUGGGUUGUGAAGUAUGGUUCCAGAAACUACUUAGUGGUGGCAAAAAUACCCGAGGGACACUAUUCAUGUGAGUGUUGCAAAAUGGAGAGGGAUGGCAUCCUUUGUUGCCACAUACUGAAAGUGUUCACGCAUAUUGGGCUUGAUGUCACCCCAAAGCUGUACAUGCUGCAGCGUUGGACGCCAAUUGUUGUCCCAAGUGUACCAAGUGCCACUAGCCAGCAGCCUGAUGUAAUGCCUCCUGCCUCUCUAAAGGAAAUUAGGCAUGCAAACAUGACUGUAGAUUUCCAGAAACUAGCAAAGUUUGCUUGUGGUUCUGAUGCAGCAAAAGGCAUUGUUGAUAAGCACAUGCGUGCGGCGCGGACAGAGAUUGUGCAGCUGAACAAGUCUAGAAGGAAAAAAAUAGGGCUGCAAGAGAGGCAGGUCCGUUCACUGGUGAUAACAACCAGGAUCCUCCCAUGCCGCCUACAUCUACAGGGCCUACUCCAGCAACUACCCCUACUAGUCAUGCUCCACCACCUACUCCCAUGGGCCGUGCUAAACCACCUCCUCCCAUGGGCCAUGGUGGUCGUGGUCCACCAUGUCCUCCCAUGGGUCGUGCUGCUCAUGCUCCAGUGCCUCCUCCCAUGGGUCGUGCUGAACCGCCUCCUCCCAUGGGUCAUGGUGGGCCACGUGUGA